AUGGCUUCCUCCGACGUUCCCAUGACCGACGCAACUGCGCAAACUAUUGAUGCAACACCGCAAGCUGGACAAUACAUCAGCCACCAAGGCAAGGAAUACACCACCAUCAAGGAAGGUCUGGCGCACAUCCUCGUGCCUCAUGACGUCCCCACCUCUACCGACCCAAAACUGUCCAAGGAGGAUACCCAGAAGCAGCAGGUCUUCUACAAUCCUAUACAGCAGUUCAACCGUGAUCUGAGUGUACUCGCCAUCAAGACGUUUGGUCAGGAUUCGAUACAGCGGAAACUGAACAAGCACGAGCAGUUCAAGAAGAAGAACGAGCGGAAGCGACAACGGGCACAGGAGGGUCGCGCGGCUGAAGAGACCACGAGUGGGGUGAAUGGGGCGGCAGAAGCCUCUGGCACGGAAGACGCCUUGUCUAAGAAGAGGAAGCUUGCAGAGAACGGUAACGAGGAGGGCGCGGUCCCACCAAAGAAGCAGAAGACCUUCGAGAAUGGUGACAGCGAGCAAGAUCUGGAUGAUGGAGCGAUUCAAGACGAUAUUGCUGGCCCGAACGGUGGACGGACGCCCUGGAAACCACCCUUCAGCAUUCUAGACGCUCUAUCUGCGACCGGUCUUCGUGCUCUUCGUUAUGCGCAAGAGAUCCCCUUCGCCACCGCCGUUACAGCAAACGACAUGUCCCAGAAUGCCGUCGACUCCAUCAAGCUCAACGUGAAGCACAACAAGCUCGAAGAGACAAUCACAGCGAACACUGGCAAUGCCAUAGCCUACAUGUACAGCUUCUGUGACAAGAAAGGAUAUGAUGUGAUCGACCUCGACCCAUACGGCACUGCAGCCCCCUUCAUCGACUCGGCCAUACAAGCCAUCAACGACGACGGGCUGCUGUGCGUAACCUGCACCGACUCUGCCAUUUUUGCAUCACACGGCUACCUGGAGAAGACCUACUCGCAGUACGGUGGAUUGCCAUUCAAGGGUGAGCCCUGCCACGAAGGUGGACUUCGCCUAGUCCUGCAUGCCAUUGCAUCUUCGGCUGCUCGAUACGGCAUGGCCAUAGAGCCGCUACUGUCCCUUUCCAUCGACUACUAUCUCCGAGUUUUUGUAAGGGUGCGAAAAGCGCCCAACGACGUUAAGCUGCUCGCCGGCAAAACCAUGCUCGUCUACCACUGCGAAAGUGGCUGCGGUGCAUGGACUACACAAUUCCUUGCACGUAACAAAGUCACAAAGAAUAAAAACGGCGACCCCAUGUACAAGCAUGGCUUUGCUCAGGGGCCGUCCGCGGACCAACACUGCGAGCAUUGUGGUCAUAAGACCCACCUGUCAGGACCAAUGUACGGCGGGCCGUUGCAUAAUGUCGGAUUUAUCGAAAGAGUACUAGCGCAACUGAAUGAAGUUGACCGCCAGACGUAUCCGACCAUGGAUCGCAUAGAAGGAAUGCUACACACAGCUUUGGAGGAGAUCACAUUCGGCACCAAGUUGGACAAGUCAAACGGGGCGCAAAAGACUCAAGUCCUAGAUCCCCUCAUUCCGAAGUCCGAUCCUGCAGAGAUAGACCACCACCCAUUCUUUUUCAUCCCAAGUUCGGUAGCCAAGAUAGUUCACUGUUCUGCACCGCCGUUGGCGGCACUCCGUGGUGCACUACGACAUGCGGGGUUUAGGGUGACAAUGAGCCAUUGUAAGCCUGGCUCCAUCAAAACAGACGCGUCGUGGAGGGAUAUUUGGCACAUCAUGCUCGAAUGGGUGCGGCAAAGAGCGCCGUUGAAGAAUUUGCCCAAGGCAGGAAGCGCAGGCCAUGCCAUAUUGGCAAAGUCAAGCGUAACGGCGUAUACAAAAACGUCAACUGCCGACAUGGCACCUGUCCAAGUACCGGUCGAUCCGGCGCCUGGAGCGCAAAGUAACGCACAAGACAGCGAUAAUGUUUCGGCGACGACAGCAGCAAAAGAUCUGCCAGCUUACCUCAACACCAAGUUCGAGGUCAACUUUGACGAGAAGCUAGGUAAGGAUCACGACAGGGGCAAAUACGUCCGCUACCAGCUCGCUCCAAGGGAAAAUUGGGGUCCGAUGUCGCGCGCGAAAUAA